AUGUCACGGAUCUGUGGUAACUUUACAGGCCAUCUUAGCAUCGUCAAGGGUAAAUUAUCACGGCAUAAGCGGAAGGCUCCCUCGCGACAAUCGAUGAGUGGAUCCUUCAUCCUCCGGGGGGCGGUUUGGUCGCAUCUCUUCUGCGGCCAUAGCAUGGUAAGUUUAUGGAAUACGCUCCAAGAUGCCGUGCAAGAUUUGCCUUCCAAAUUCAAAGAAGACAUCCCGAAUAUAAUGACAUGUCGAUGUCACUGGGUCAAGAGUGUAGAUAUCUGGGCAAGAGGAGAAGAUCUCUUUGACCAUCUCCGGUGGGAGAGGCAGGGAUACUAA